AUGAGUUGUGACUCGACUCAAGCACUGCCUGAUUGCCUGGUGGGAUCCCUCGAGACUGCCGAAGGAGCCAUGGACGAGAGAGUGGUGCGACUGGCGAAAUCUUCGGGGUGCCUCGUUCGAGUGCAGGGGCCCGAUCCCAAGGGCCGAUUUCUCACGCCAUUCGUCCUUGGUAUCCCCUCCCUCUUCCCCCUCCACCCUUGUGCUCCUACCCUCCCAUUCCUUUUCCGCCCUACUCUUUUACCUGCCCACACCCAUCCCGGCUACACUCCCUCCUGCCCUCCCACCCCAGCUCGCCCCUGUCCCUCUACCCGUCCCCCCCCCACCACCAUCAAUGGAACAACAGCCGUGUCAGCGUCUGGUAUCGUGCUGCCAGGGGGACUGUCUGAUUUUGGACCCCAGCUGGAUGGGCAUGUGGGGGGGGCUGGGGGGAUGGUGGCAGAAAAGGAGGAGGUUAAGAGGAGCAGGUGGGAUGGGGAGGAGGUGACAGUGAUUGUGCCUGGGAGGAUUGUUCGCUCCUUUGUAAUGCAGCAGCAACAGAAGUCCAAGUACCAACCCGUGCAGCAACGCUGGCGCUUUCAACAGCAGCAGCAGCAGAAGCAGCAGCAGCAAAGCGCAUCGGCACCCCGUUUGCUUCCUGGCACGCGCAUCGACAUUACCUUUGAGGGCUCCUGGCCCUUGACCUGUGUCUCUCCCUCUCUCCCUACCCACUCACUCAUCCCCUUCCUUCUCCCUCCUCCCCACUGCCUCUUCCGCCCGCAUUGCCCGUCUAUCAGCCUGUCAUCGGGAGUGCUGUCAGCUGUGCUGCCAGCAGGACUCUUGGCCCUCGAUUUUCCCUUCCUACCAGGUAGCGAUAAGGAAAGGGAAGGGCAGGGAGCAUAA